AAGAGAGAGAGAGAGAGAGAGGGGGACGUGAGCUUUUGUUUUCGUGAUUGAGUAUUAAUAUUAACUUUGAUUGUUUCUUUAGCUUUGUCUGCCGACAGAAACACCGGACAUAAGGGGUCCAGUGAGACAGCUUAGCAGCACUGCAUAUUUUCUUUCGGUUUCUUUUCUUUUCCCCUACUUUCUCUUGCUUUUUCUCUCAUAAUUUCCUUCGCUGGCUUGUGGGUUUUCUUUGCUUUCCUUCAGGUCAUGGAUUUUCACCGGAAUGUGACAGUUUCCGGUGAGUAUCACCAGCAGGAGCAAGUCCUUCCAUCCCCUUCUUCCUGCUCUAAGCUUGGUGCUGCUAUAACACUCACUAGCUCUCUUGAUGACCUUUUCUCUGCUCAGAAUACGGAAGUAGAUGUUAGCUUAGAAUGGCUGUCAGUAUUUGUAGAGGACUGCCUAUCCAGCACAGGAAAUUACCUACCAGCGCCCACAAGUAGCGUUCAAAACAUAAAUACAACACCAAACCCUCCAAAACCCUUGCAACAGAAGCCCCAACAAAACCCCCAAUCUUCCUUGGAGAAAUUUGUAAUCCCAGGCAAGGCAAGAAGCAAGAGAAAAAGAGUCACCAGUUUCAAGACCAGAAACCCAUUAUCCAGCUGGUCCUAUGGCCACCAAACCCUUCAUUUUCCCAGUUCAGACCCUCCUUUGCUCCAACAAGCAUAUUGGUUAGCUGACAGUGAACUCAUUAUGCCUAAAAAAGAAAGCACCACCACCACCUGCAAUAACAGGACAAGAGAUAAUGAAGUUCAAGAAGAAGAAACGAGAGAGGAAGUGGAUAUUGAUGAGGAGCAAGAACAGGUUGCUGUGAAUUACAAUGGCAAGGGGAGUUUAGCCACUUUGGAAACUAACAGUGGGCAGCAGCCUAGGAGGUGCACCCAUUGCCUAGCACAGAGGACCCCACAAUGGAGGGCUGGACCAUUGGGUCCAAAGACACUGUGCAAUGCAUGUGGAGUGAGGUACAAGUCGGGCAGAUUGUUGCCAGAGUAUAGACCAGCCAAGAGUCCUACCUUUGUGAGCUACCUGCACUCCAAUUCUCACAAGAAAGUUAUGGAAAUGAGAAUGGCUGGCUCUGCUGACUUCAAUUCCUAGUGAGCGGUGAAAUUUCGUUGUCCAAUGUACAUCAAAAACAAAUCUUUAGUUCUGCUUUCUAAUAGAAAUUAAAAUAUGGGAGAAAUUCUAAUCCUUAUUUCUUGAGACUUAAUCCAUUAGCUUUAUAUAUAAUAUAAAUUUUCUACCCUCUUCUGUCAAA